UAAGCACAUUCAUUGAAAGCAAACAACGAUUAUUUAAUGAUGAACUCCCCAAGCACAUGUGUCCUUCAAGCUAUGCACGUAUUGAAGAAUUUGCUAAUCUGCAGAAAAAACAUAAACAACCUAUCCUGUGUCAUCGACCUCCAGGUGCCUCUUCUACACCAGUUACAUUGUUGCACCCAAUCUUUGGACAAUUUAUGUCUAUGUUCUAUAAUAAUGAGAGAGAACGUGUGGAGAUGUUUCGUGAACUUAUGACAGAAUACUGUGGACUGACUUUUAUUGCAUGUGAAAUUAAGGGUGGUUAUACAACAGAUGGAUCUUUAGUAACAGGCAAAUAUUAUUAUGCUAAUGUGGAAGCCAAAGUUGAACUCGGUUCAGGUGGAGAACCUUUAUUUCAAACAUCUAUCUAUUAUUUAAAUAUGGUGUGUGAGCAUGCAACACAAUACCCUGGGUUUGCUUUCCCAUGUUUACACAUUUAUUUUGCUG